AUGCAAAUAUAUUUCCCUGUUCUUCGAUUCACACAUGUGGAUGAAAAUGUUUUCUUAGCUUCACUAUCAACAACAACCUUAGUCACUGAUAUUAGUAGAGGAAAUCAAAGCGGAUCACCUUGUUCAUCGUAUACAACCAUCGAUGAUCUGUCCCGAAAUAUUGCUCAAGUAUCAUCGCAGGGUUCGUGCGAUGAUGGACCACCAUUCAAUACGAGUAAUGGUGGCUCUCGGAUACGAUUUAUUGGUACUGGUGGUACUAUUAUUCCAUUAACAUCGCUUGGUAUGGGUCACUGUAGUGCUUAUACAGAAGGUUGGUUCAAUGGAACGCUACCAACAACAGUGAGUGCUGUAGUUACUGGAACUGUAUGCUUCACAAUAUCUCGAGUGCUUUGUAUUUAA